GUUGAUGUUCCCGUUGGUCCUGAGAUGCUCGGCCGUGUCGUCGACGCUCUUGGUAACCCCAUCGAUGGCAAGGGUCCCAUCAACACCAAGGCCAAGAGCCGUGCUCAGCUCAAGGCCCCUGGUAUCUUGCCCCGUCACUCCGUCAACCAGCCCGUCCAGACUGGUCUUAAGUGUGUCGACUCCAUGGUCCCCAUCGGCCGUGGUCAGCGUGAGUUGAUCAUUGGUGACCGUCAGACCGGUAAGACCGCUGUCGCCCUUGACGCUAUCCUCAACCAGAAGCGUUGGAACAACACCUCCAGCGACGAGAGCAAGAAGCUGUACUGUAUCUACGUUGCCGUCGGUCAGAAGCGUUCCACCGUCGCUCAGCUCGUCAAGACCCUUGAGGAGAACGACGCCAUGAAGUACUCCAUCAUCGUCGCUGCCACCGCCUCCGAGGCUGCUCCCCUCCAGUACCUCGCUCCCUUCACUGGUUGCGCCAUGGGUGAGUGGUUCCGUGACAACGGCCGCCACGCCGUUAUCAUCUAUGACGAUCUCUCCAAGCAGGCCGUCGCCUACCGUCAGAUGUCUCUUCUGCUCCGUCGUCCUCCUGGACGUGAGGCCUACCCCGGUGACGUUUUCUACCUCCACUCUCGUCUCCUCGAGCGUGCUGCCAAGAUGAACGACAAGCACGGUGGUGGUUCCCUUACUGCCCUCCCCGUCAUUGAGACCCAGGGUGGUGAUGUGUCUGCCUACAUUCCCACCAACGUCAUUUCCAUCACUGACGGUCAGAUCUUCUUGGAGGCUGAGCUGUUCUACAAGGGUAUCCGCCCUGCCAUUAACGUCGGUCUGUCCGUCUCCCGUGUCGGUUCCGCUGCCCAGGUCAAGGCCAUGAAGCAGGUCGCCGGUUCCCUGAAGCUGUUCUUGGCUCAGUACCGUGAGGUUGCUGCCUUCGCCCAGUUCGGUUCCGAUCUCGAUGCCUCCACCAAGCAGACCCUCAACCGUGGUGAGCGUCUCACCGAGCUUCUCAAGCAGAAGCAGUACUCCCCCAUGUCCGUCCCCGACAUGGUUCCCCUGAUCUUCGCUGGUGUCAACGGUUACCUUGACUCCAUUCCCGUCGCCAAGAUCCUCACCUGGGAGUCCGACUUCCUUGCUCACAUCAAGAGCAACCACCCCGAGAUCCAGGAGACCAUUGAGAAGGAGGGCCAGGUCAGCAAGGACCUUGAGGCUCAGCUCAAGGAGGUCAUUGUCAACUUCAACAAGUCCUUCAACGCAUAGGUGAGCAAAUGGCCUCUGGGUGAUUAGUCCACCGUGUACUGUUUUUAUCCUGACUCUAUCUGUAUAGACAAGAUAGCUUGUACAAUUUGAGACCACUGUUUUAUUUUGUUGUUAAAACCGGGAGCUUCGGAUCGGUCGAACACGGCGCUGGAUGU